GUAAAUUAAGAACAACCUGUAAACUAAACCCAUGCUCACAGUCAUCAUGAUUUCUAUCAUGAACAACCUGUAAAUUUGUACAAUUAUAACAUUAGCAAAAAGUGGAUGCACAACGAUAAUAAAUGGGAAAUAACAUCAAAGCUUCGGUAAGAAUAAAGGCGAUAUUCAAAUAGGUUACAUCACAAUUAUCUGUGCCAGAGUUUUUCUUAAAAGAAUAAAUCCUGCGUAAUGAUGAUUAACCCAUAAUUCUUGCACUUGUUGAUAAUUAAACAAGCAUGGAGACAAAGAAGAUUCACCGUAUGUGUGGAUACAUUUCCCAUCUACAACAUCAUCCUUGCUUUCUUUGUCUAUGAUUUUUGGAAAUGUUUAUGACGGACUUUGACUAAACAAUAUUAUUCAAAAAUUUAACGAAAAGAGUUAGGGUUUUAGAGGAAGAAGAUCAGACAGAUGUGAAUCGUGAUUAGGAACGGUGAAUUCAGUAAGGUUGGGGUUGGCAUUUUAUAAAAAAUUGGUAAUUUUGGUUAUAUUUUUCUUUUAAUCCAUGUUGACGUAAGUUUUGUCUAUAUUUUUCCCUCCUCAAAUCCAUUCUUUCCCUCCCAAUAACAUGACUCAUAAAAAGCUAAAAGAGAUUCAAACGCACGUUCUAAGAAACUCCGUCAUCUAAAGUUGACGAGGUUUGUGCCGUCGAUUUCUCCCCAACUUACAAGGUACCUAAUCUCUCCCUCUAUUUAAAAUUGAAUAGAGACCGGUUCAUAAAUUCUUCCAUUCAAACUUCUUCUUUCCUUCAGAACCAAUCCAACCAUUUUACCUUUAAAAUCUAUCCAAUAUAGUAUUACAGCGAAUUCUUCUUCGCCCAUAGGCAAUUUCCUUUUUUUUUUUUAACGGUUUUAUGAUCAUCGAAAACAACAUUAGAUUCUUCUAAGAUGGUGUAUGUUGAUUGGGAAGAGAUUUUGAUCUCAAAUGAAAAAGGAAAAAGAGAAGUUCACUAUUUUUUGAAGAGGAAAGAAGGAUUAGUUAGAGAUCUUGCUGUGAUUGGGAAAGAAAAAACCAUAAGACACAUGUUUUAUACGAUUGCUCUAUCAAACCCACCGCUUCUCAAGUUAAAAUCACGAAGAGAGGUUCUAGAUUGGCUUUCUUCAAUUGUUUCAGCUUCCCAAGUAGUUGGUGAUUCUUUGUCCUACGGCGGUGCUUUAAAUUCAAAAGUCCAUGCUUCAAAGGAAUUUCAGACUAGGGAGCAACAUUGUAAGAGGUUUUCAUGGUUGGGAUCUUCGUGGACUUGCCGCAAACGGCGUAGACAUUAUAUGUCAUUUUGCCGCAAUGGAAUUACAGUUUCAGUGCACGACUUUGUAUACGUUUUAGCUGAAGAGAAUAAGAGACUCGUUGCGCACUUAGAGGAUCUUUACGAGGAUUCCAGAAGCAACAAGAUGGUUGUGGUACGAUGGUUUCACAAAAUUGAUGAGGUUGGUUUCGUUUUACCUCCUGAUUAUAAUGAUAGAGAGAUUUUUUUUUCUCUUUGUCUUCAAGAUCUCAGCGUUGAAUGCAUUGAUGGUUUGGCAACGGUCCUCAGUCCCCAGCAUUUUGAGAAGUUUCAGAAUCAAGCAACAGAUACGCAGUGGGAACCGUUCAUGUGUCACAGGCAGUUUCACAAUGAAGAUAUCACAACUUUUGAUAUUUCCCAAGUCCAAGGCUACUGGGAACAAGAUGCAAUCAGAUACCUUAACAGGUUAUCAGAUCUUAUGGAUUUGAUCCCUGAUCUUCCAGGUCAUUGUUUGAUGAUAGGAGAUGACAACUCCACCAAAACUAGGCCAAGGAAAAAGCUCCGCAGGUCGAAGAGCAGCGAGGACCUGCAUUUGGUUGAUGAUAAAGGGGCCAAAGAAUUAGGUCAUGUGGAUGUCAAAAAGUGCUAUAACGAUUUAGUUGAUAGCAGCUGUUGUGCUGAGGUCAGUGGUCAUAAAGAAGUAAACUCCGCUCCUAGUGCAUCAGUAGUUGGCAUGGACAAGCUAACACCUGGUUCCUAUAUUUCUGUGGGUUGUCAUGUUGAGGUGCUGUCCCAGGAUAGUGGAAUUAGGGGUUGUUGGUACGGAGGUGUUGUUCUCAAGAGUAAUAAAGAUAAAGUGAAGGUGCGUUAUCAAGAUGUUAAAGAUGCAAUUGAUGAAGCCAACAGUUUAGAGGAAUGGGUUUCAGCAUCUAGGACUGCGGUCCCUGAUAAGUUGGAAUGUCGUCUGCGUGGAAGAGGAACUGUUCGUCCUCGGCCAUCAACUAACAUUUCAUUGGGCCCUAUCAAGGUUGGCGCCUCUGUGGAUGCAUGGUGGCAUGAUGGGUGGUGGGAAGGUAUUGUAAUUCAAAAUGAAUCUGAUGAAAGAGUUCAUGUAUAUUUUCCAGGGGAGGCGCGUUUGUCAAUCUUCUGUAUUCGGGAUUUGAGACGGUCUCAAGAUUGGCUGUGCAACAAGUGGACUUGGAUUAAGGAGAGGCCAGAUCUUGCUCAGUCAAUUUUAUCUGACCUAGAAAAGACAAAACAACUUGCAAAGAUAUUCAGUUGUCGGGUCAAUUGUGAUCCAAACCAUGUCACAAUAUCUGACAACAGUCACCAUUGUGUUAUUGCACAAAAGAAUGAGAAAGCCUCAUGGUCCCUCCCUAGUUCAGAGCCUCCAGCGGAUGAAAAGGUGACAUCUGCGGAGGCCAACUUGAAGCUGAACUCGGUGACAGAUGGUUUAGUACAGCUAAAAUGGAACUCCUCAAGCAAGAAACGGCGUAGUAGAGAGAGAUUGUGUAGCAGGAGACAUGAAGGUCCUACAGACUCGAAGCAGCUGCUGCAGCAACCAUCUAUUCAUAUUAGCAGGAACAUCAGCCAUGUGAACUGUGAAUCCCGAAUUUCUGGUGAAAACUUUUUAAUUGCCAAGUCUCUGAAAGUUGAUCUUGAAAAUUGUAAAUAUGGAGGGAAUUCUGUUCUGAAAUCAUCGGUCUGCCCACUAACAAACUUGGUCAUGUCUCAGUGAUCCGCUUCCACUUCUAAUUAAUAGAUAUCAUCGUUGUUGGUGCAGAAAUUCAUUCGGCAACACAUUUAUUUUCCUCUGGACAAUCGUUGCACCGAAAGAAAAAAACGAAGAGAUCAUAUAAAUAAUAGGGUCUCUCUUCUAGAGGUGGUAGUUGUUAUGCUUGCUGUGUCAGUUGAAUCACACUUUAAGAAGUCAUAGAGAGCUUUCCAAAAAGCUUGGAAAACCGUUUCUUUUUAGUUUCUUGUGGGGAUAGAUUUAGGAAGUUGGCAGUGCUGUAAAUUUUGUUUGCGUCCCUACUUUUUCUCCUAUAUUUUCUUCCGAAGGAAUUUUCUCCCGUA